UUCCUUUACCAGUUACCACUACACGCGUUUCAUACAAUGUUGCGCACUCUCGCUGCUUCUUCCUCCACAUCCUUCGCCUCUCCUCUUGUCCCUUCUUCUUCUUUUUCUUUCUCCAAACCCUUAUUUUCUCUCUCUAAGCCUUUUCUUUCUCUCUCUAAACCCUCCUCGUUUCCUCGACACACCAGACGCUUCUCUCUCUACAAAGCUCCCAUGAACAUCCUUAACAAGUUGGGUUUUGGCUCCAAAUCCUCAGACCCAUCCGCCAUGAACUCCUCCAUCCCUCAAGGCCCAGAUGAUGACGUUCCGGCUCCAGGGCAGCAGUUCGCACAAUUCGGCGCCGGAUGCUUCUGGGGAGUGGAAUUGGCGUUCCAGAGAGUGUCGGGCGUGACCAAGACAGAGGUGGGCUAUACUCAAGGGAUGAUGCAUAAUCCGACCUACGAGGAUGUUUGCGCCGGGACUACUGGUCACAAUGAGGUGGUGAGGGUGCAGUAUGAUCCCAAAGCUUGUAGUUAUGAGAGUCUGCUUGACGCCCUCUGGGCUAGGCAUGACCCCACCACCCUGAAUCGCCAGGGUAAUGAUGUUGGAACCCAGUACCGAUCGGGCAUAUACUUCUACACACCUGAGCAGGAGAAUGCAGCUCGAGAAAGUUUGGAAAAACAGCAGAAGCUCUUAAACAGAAAAAUUGUUACUGAGGUCCUUCCAGCGAAGAAGUUCUACCGAGCUGAAGAGUACCACCAGCAAUACCUUGAGAAAGGGGGCCGGAUGGGAUCUAAGCAAUCUGCUGCAAAAGGCUGCAAUGAUCCUAUCCGGUGCUAUGGCUGAUUUUAAUGCAUAAAACAGGUAAACAUGUGCCUAGACUGGGUAAUUCAUGCUUUCGUAUUCAUAGAAUUGUGGUUUUAUAAAUAAAAUAAUUACCCUGGCUUUUAUAUUUCUCCAAGCUGAGGAUGCAAUUAUGUGUAGGUGACUAAUCAUUGUGUCUUCUGUUCCUUAUGGAUAUAUGUAUACCAGUGGUAUGUUUUACUGCUCAAGGAUACUGUUUGGCUGUUAAGAAUUGUUGGUUGUCUGAAAUACAGAUAUUCAUAUAUGUAUACUAGUGGUGUGUUUCACUGAUCAAGGAUACCGUUUGCAACA